AUGGUCCAAAGCCAACAUAUACCGUAUCCUCCAAACCCUCCUAUCUUGAAGCACGAACCGCCGAGCGGUCAAACGCCGGUUUAUAGAUACUGCCAGAGAAAGUGGGAAUCUUCAUUGGACGAGCAUCUCGUCGUCCACGAUAUCCUCCAGAGUUGCUGGAACUGCAUCAAGUUCACCGCGUUGACUCGCAAACGACUGGACUUUUGGACAUGGCUGGGAUCGGCUAUGCAAGUCUUUGAAAGAGUUGAUUUGCGCGUGGUGGAUUUUAUGCGGGAGAUGGACCCGGUGUACGAUGCCGAACACGACGCUGAGGUACGCCAGCUCAGGAAAACAAUGCGCCAACGCUGGCCUGUCAUCGAAAAGCACUUUGCCUGGAUCUUUGGCUUCACUGUCGACGGCGUCCAACUCAGUGAGCUGCAGCCCGUGGCGGAACAACACUCGCAUACCAUCACGAAUACCCAACCGAACGCAAUGGCCUCCAGGAUGGCAGAUGUGCGUAUUUCUGUGGCUGCUCCACCGUUCAGCAGGGAUGAGUCCUUGAGAAGGGAACUGGACGAGUUUGUGCUCAUCAUGGAGAAGAAUCUGACGGAUGCUGGUGCCCGAGCUGAGAUUGCAUCGUUUCCAAACAUCGAUCGUGGGUUCUAG